AUGGGCAUUUGUGCUUCGUCUGAAACUCAAAGCAAAAGAUCAAGGAGAGAUGAAAGAAGACCAUCAUCAUCAUCAAUCACGGAUCGAAUCAGACGGGUGCCAAGAAGCAGCAGCAAAGUGAUCCACGCCGUCGAUGGGCGACUUCAGGAGUACAAGCCUCCGAUCCAAGCCAAGCACGUAACCUCAAAGUACCAGAGCUGUUUCCUCAGCAGCUCCGAAUCCAUGUCGAUCGGCACGUGCGUCCCACGUGUCCCCGACGAUGAAGAUCUCCAACCGGGCCAAAUCUACUUCCUUUUUCCAGAAUCUCAGGCCCAAAAGCCCCUCUCUUUACCUGACCUCUGCUCUCUCGCCAUCAAGGCUAGCUCGGCUCUUUCCAAAUCCGGCGUUGACUUUUCCUCUAACACCCCCAAGUUGACCACUCCCCGGUGA